UGUGUGGUAGACGCAGGCGUGGCGUAAAGCCGUAAGUGAAGGAGUAUUCGAUCGUCGCAAGUGUUAAGAGAUUGUUUAGUGAACAGACUAAGGAAGAGGAUCCAUUAAGAUGGUGAUUGGACAGAAGGUCACGUUGAUGGUGCUGUGGGCGGCGGUGUGUGGCUGCGGACUUGUGGGCGCUGCGAAGUACGCCUGGGGAGACGCCCUCACCGACCCUGACGCCCUCGGCCCCGACGGCAUGAAGUACCCAACGAAGCUGAUCAACCGGCUCUACGCUGAUGGCGAGUUCGGGCCUCCUUCAGGAAUGCGUCGGGGGAGGACUCUCAUGAAGACGCUAGACCCUGCGACCGUGAGGGAGAACCUGAUGCAGGGGUUCUACGACGCCAACGCACACAACGACCACGCCACGCUCAGGCCGCAGGGGCGCAGCAUGCCGGACAGGGACUCCUCGCCGUCGUCCCCAGCGCGCGCCGUGGCCUCUUCCGUGCAGGAGAACCUCGUCAGAAUGUCUACCUCCGUCAAGAGCUCGACCUCCACCAGCACCAUGUCCUCCUCGAGCUCGUCCUCUUCGACUGCGUGCCCCAAGGGACCGCCGGCGAGGAUGUGCCAGACGAGGUACAACACGACGGCCCCUAUGUACGGCGUCAGCCUCACGUCGGGACAGCCCGUCACCAUCGUGCAGAAGUUCCCCGACCUCCUGCAGCAGGUGAUCUUCGAAGUGUGCGAGAGUGACACUUGCGACGUGGUGCAGGGCAGCUGCGUGCAGACCUAUGUCCCUUACCUGUUCCUGGUGAUUCCUUUGGGCCCAGUCACGCUCACCGGUCAGGACUACGUGCUGGUAGAGUCCGGAUGCGUGUGUCAGCCCAAGUACAGCCAGGCAUCGUCCUUGCCGUCUCCCAUCGAAGCCAUAUCCGGCGGACCAUGAAGCACGCAAACGGACGAGCGGAUGUCGAGCGAAAGAGGACGUUUAGGUUAGCGGCCUAGCGACCUUAGCGGAAGUGACGGCGCGCGCUCGGGGGGUUCUGAAGUUAGUGAUAACUGUGAGGACUUGAUGAUAAAUAAGUACGCUUGACUGUGUAAGUGUGUGUCUAGUACAAGUUACCGCGCAGUAAUUCGAAGAGGAAAAUUUGUGUGAGAGGUUAUGGUGCCUCGUGCGGGGCUUGACAUGUUGCUCAUCGCUCAAAUUCACGCAUUGUUAGAGAUGACAUCUUACCCUUUCCCAUCAGCCAGUAUUUGUCAUUUUUACUUCUUAAAUGGAUUCCUUUAAUUAUACGGAGAGGCGUAGAGGAUAUCCUGCCAUACACUUGACAAAUACCUCAUACACUCACGCACAUGACAAACAUAUCGACGACAUUUUAAAUAUAUUUGGUGCAUUGUUCGACUGGCAGAGGCUGGCUAAGAACAUAGCAUUUUUAAUACCUGCUCUUUUUCCUUAUUGCAGUCUAAAUGGCACUGUUCAUAACUUUUAUAAUGGAUCCAGAAAAUAAUAAGGGUUAAGCUAGAUAAAUAAGUAAGUGUUAUUUGUUCUAUUCACAGUCCCACACCAGGCACAAGCCACCUUUCCAUUCUUCGGUGAGAACGAAAUCGGAGAAUACCGUUUUCUCAAUUCUCCCUUUUUUCUUUCCCUUAUUCACUUUCUUUUUCCUUUUCUGUUCUCUUCUUCCUUUUAAAGUCAUGAUUUUUCUCACUCUUUCCUCCUCCUGUUUCCCUUUCCUCUUUCCUCUUCAGUCUGACCUCACCGGGUUUUCCCUCUGACUGAAAUAGAAAACGAGAAGUUUGAUAGGGAAGAAUUAAGGAAGGAGAGGGAUGAUAAAGUCGAGGAGGGAGGAGAGGAGGAAGAAAAACGAAGGGAGGGAGAGGGA